AUGAAGGAGGCUCUCGUCGCACCGGGCGUGAAGGUCACUAUCCAGGAUGUGCCCAUACCCCAGAUAUCCGACCCUAGACAGAUCCUGAUCCAGGUUAUUGUCAGCGGAAGCAACCCGAAGGAUUGGAAGGUGCCCUACAUCAUCAAGACAGCUUUCAACCAGGGAGAUGACAUUGCGGGCUAUGUUCAUGCAGUUGGUGAUGAAGUGACAGAGUUCAAGGUUGGGGACAGAGUCGGAGCAUUUCAUGAAAUGAUAACGCCAUCUGGAAGCUUCGCGGAAUAUGCUAUUGCAUGGGAGUGGUCGACAUUUCAUAUUCCCAAGAACACCAAAGCUGCAACAAUUCCACUGGCUGCAAUGACUUCCACGCUUGGUCUCUAUCAGAAUCUCGCGCUCCCAACUCCUUGGAAUAAAGCCGAAGAUCCAAUCCCGCUGGUGGUCUAUGGCGCAGCCUCUGCUGUUGGCGCCUUUGCUGUCAAGCUGGCUUGUCUAUCCAACAUCCACCCCUUGAUAUGCGUUGCCGGCCGAGGCACUGCAUAUGUGGAAUCUCUUAUUGAUAAAUCCAAGGGGGAUACUGUCAUUGACUACCGCAAGGGAGAUGAUGCAGUCGUCGAGGGCAUGAAACGUGCUCUGGGCGGCAAGAAAUUGCUCCACGCUUUCGAUGCUGUCAGUGAGAAGGGAAGUUAUGUGAACAUAAGUAAAGUUUUGACACAUGACGGCGGAAAAUUAACUGUUGUCCUUCCCGGGAAAUCUUAUGACGAGCUGCCAGAAACCAUCGAGUGGAAGACUACAAGCGUCGGGCGUGUUCAUAACGAGGAAGGGUUGGAGAGCGGGUCGCGACAGCUUGCGUAUGCUUUCUACAGACUUCUCUCCAAUGGGCUCAAAGAGGGAUGGUUCACUCCUCAUCCUCAUGAGGUUAUUCCCGGAGGUCUGUCGGGGAUUGAGACGGGGUUGAAGAACUUGAAAGGCGGUAAAGCGAGUGCUGUGAAAUAUGUAUUUAGAAUUGCUGAGACCCCGGGCCUGGCAAAGGCGUCCCUCUGA